CGGCCCGGGCCGGCGCGGCAAGCGGCGCGGCGGAUGGAGAGUCUGGCCGCGGCCAGCGGCGCCGCCUCCUCGUCGGGCCGGGCACAGCGGGCCGGGGCCUUUGUGUGAGGCGGCGGCGGCGAUGGUGCUCGGGGCCCGCGGAGCCGGAUCAAGCGUGCUGAGAAGGAGGCACUGCCGUGGGAGCUGCUAAGAUGGGCAUGAGGAUCAAACUGCAAAGCACCAACCACCCCAACAACCUGCUGAAGGAACUCAACAAGUGCCGGCUCUCGGAGACCAUGUGUGAUGUGACCAUCGUGGUGGGGAGCCGUUCCUUCCCGGCCCACAAGGCCGUGCUGGCCUGCGCGGCUGGCUACUUCCAGAACCUCUUCCUGAAUACCGGACUUGACGCCGCCCGGACCUACGUGGUGGACUUCAUCACCCCCGCCAACUUUGAGAAGAUUCUGAGCUUUGUCUACACCUCGGAGCUCUUCACAGACCUCAUCAACGUGGGGGUCAUCUAUGAGGUGGCUGAGCGCCUGGGGAUGGAGGACCUCCUCCAGGCCUGCCACUCCACUUUCCCUGACCUGGAGAGCUCCACCAUGGCCAAGCCCCUGGCCGGCAGCACCGACAGCCACUCAGCUGCGCCAGGCUGUCCCUCCACUGAGCCCGCCCAUCCCCUGGGGGACCUCCGCAGUGGCAGCACGGAGCACUUCGGCCCUGAUAGGAACUAUGUGCUGGCCAGUGAUGCAGGUGGCAGCUACAAAGAGGAGGAACGGAGCGUAACUGGUGAUGCCAGCCACGGCCUGCCCCUGUCGCAGCCACCCAAGACAGAAGAGCAUGACACGCCUGCCCCUUGCCCAUCCAUUCCCAGCCUGGCGAACCAGCCAGUGCUGGGCACUGUGAGCACGGGCAUCCAGACCAGCACAAGCUCCUGCCAGCCCUACAAAGCUCAGAGCAACGGGGACUUUGGCAAGAACAGCUUCUUCCCUUCUGACCACGGGUUAGACGUCACCACGGGAACCAAUUCUUGCCUGAGCAGCAGUGACCACUCCCGAGACCCAGGUUUUGGGCAGCUGGACGAGCUGCAGCUGGAGGAUCUGGGCGAUGAGGAGCUACAGUUUGAAGAUCCCGCUGAGGAGAUGGGGACGGCGGAGGAAGUGAUUGAGCUGAGCGACGACAGUGAAGAUGAGCUGACGUUUGGAGAGAGCGACAACCGGGAGAGUAAGGCCAUGCCCUGCCAGGUGUGCAAGAAAGUUCUGGAACCCAACAUCCAGCUGAUCCGCCAGCAUGCCCGGGACCACGUGGACCUGCUGACAGGCAACUGUAAGGUUUGCGAGACCCACUUCCAGGACCGGAACUCCCGGGUGACCCAUGUCUUGUCCCACAUCGGGAUCUUCCUCUUCUCCUGCGACAUGUGUGAGACCAAGUUCUUUACCCAAUGGCAGCUGACCCUCCACCGGCGGGACGGGAUCUUUGAGAAUAACAUCAUCGUCCAUCCCAGCGACCCCCUACCUGGCAAGCUGGGGCUGUUUGCAGGGACGGCCUGCCCGGAGUUGAAGUGCGCUGCCUGUGGGAAAGCAUUGGCCAAAGAUUUCCACGUGGUCCGGGGCCACAUCCUCGACCACGUGAACUUGAAGGGCCAGGCCUGUAGUGUCUGUGACCAGCGCCACCUCAACCUCUGCAGCCUCAUGUGGCACACGCUCUCCCAUCUCGGCAUUUCUGUCUUCUCCUGCUCCGUCUGUGCCAACAGCUUUGUAGACUGGCACUUGCUGGAGAAGCACAUGGCUGUGCACCAAAGCCUGGAUGACGUCCUCUUCCGCUGCCACCUGUGCAGCCAGAGCUUCAAGUCGGAGGCUGCCUACCGCUACCACGUGAGCCAGCACAAAUGUAACAGUGGCCUUGAUGCCCGGCCCGGGGGGGGGCUGCAGCUGCCCUGUCUCCCGAAGCGGAAGCUGCCAGCUGAGGAGUUUCUGAGCGAGGAGCUAGCUCUGCAGGGCCAGCCCGGGAACAGCAAGUACAGCUGCAAAGUGUGCGGCAAGCGGUUUGCCCACACGAGCGAGUUCAACUACCACCGGCGGAUCCACACGGGUGAGAAGCCGUACCAGUGCAAGGUGUGCCACAAGUUCUUCCGCGGCCGCUCGACCAUCAAGUGCCACCUCAAGACGCACUCGGGGGCCCUCAUGUACCGCUGCACGGUCUGCGGCCACUACAGCUCCACCCUCAACCUCAUGAGCAAGCACGUGGGCGUGCACAAGGGCAGCCUGCCGCCCGACUUCACCAUCGAGCAGACCUUCAUGUACAUAAUCCAUUCGAAGGAGGCUGAGAAGAGCCCAGACAGCUGA